GAGGGCAGGGCACGGCGCCAGGUCCGCCAUGGCAAACUACCCAAAUCCGACACCAUCACCAACCCACCAUCAUCAGUCCGUCACCGUCCGUGCGACCUCCGGAUCCUCGAAUCCGCCUCGCCUACCCCGUCCCCGUCCUUUUCUUACCGCGCCCCGCCUCCGCUCACCCACCUGCCACCUCCCGCUCCGCCGUGACGCGGCGGAUCCCAGAAAAGAAAUCCCCCACCACUCCGCUUUCGACGCGAGGAUCGCCCGACCGGCGAGCGAAACCGCGCCACCAACCGGCGACCGCUCGGGCAGGCGAGCCGCGGCCCGCCUCGGUCUCUCCGGCAGACAGUCCGCGUCACCCCCGUCGCAAUUCGGCGGCCAGACCCACGCAAAUUGCGUCCUUUUCUCGUCUUCUUCCUCCCGAAGCGGCGCGCAGAGGAGGAGCCGAGGAAGCAAUGGGCGGAGCCGAGGACGGGACGCACGCGUCCAACGGGCACGCCAAUGGGGCCGUGGAGGACAAGGUGGACGAGCUGCGGCGGUUGAUGGGGAAGGCCGACGGGGACCCGCUCCGGAUCGUCGGCGUCGGGGCCGGGGCCUGGGGCAGCGUCUUCUGCGCGCUCCUGCAGGACGCCUACGGCCACCUCCGCGACAAGGUGCAGCUCCGCAUCUGGCGCCGCCCCGGCCGCGCCGUCGACCGCGCCACCGCCGAGCACCUCUUCAACGUCAUCAACGCGCGCGAGGACGUCCUGCGCCGCCUGAUCCGCCGAUGCGCCUACCUCAAGUACGUCGAGGGCCGCCUCGGGGACCGCACGCUCUACGCCGACGAGAUACUCAGGGACGGCUUCUGCCUCAACAUGAUCGACACCCCGCUCUGCCCGCUCAAGGUCGUCACCAACCUGCAGGAGGCCGUCUGGAACGCUGACAUUGUCAUCAACGGCCUGCCCUCCACGGAGACGAGGGGCGUGUUUGGGGAGAUUGGGAGGUACUGGAAGGAGAGGGUUAAUGCCCCUGUGAUCAUCUCGCUCACGAAAGGGAUAGAAGCAUCAGUGGAUCCGGUGCCGCGGAUCAUAACUCCGACACAGAUGAUUUGCAAUGCAACUAAGGUUCCAUUGGAUAAUGUUCUGUAUCUUGGUGGGCCUAACAUUGCGUCUGAAAUAUACAAUAAAGAAUAUGCGAAUGCUCGUAUUUGUGGGACUGACAAAUGGAGGAAACCUCUUGCUAAAUUUUUGAGGCAGCCUCAUUUUAUUGUCUGGGAUAAUAGCGAUCUCAUCACUCAUGAAGUCAUGGGAGGUUUGAAAAAUGUGUACGCCAUUGGUGCUGGUAUGGUGGCAGCACUAACCAAUGAGAGUGCAACCAGCAAGUCUGUUUAUUUUGCACUUUGCACAUCCGAAAUGAUCUACAUCACCCACCUUCUGGAAGAAGAACCCGAAAAACUUGCUGGACCAUUAUUAGCUGACACUUAUGUCACAUUGUUGAAAGGUCGUAAUGCUUGGUAUGGACAUAGGUUAGCAAAAGGGGAGCUGACUCUGGAAAUGGGUGAUAGCAUAAAAGGCAAAGGGACAAUCCAGGGUGUCUCUGCGGUCGAUGCAUUUUAUAACCUUCUCAGUCAGGAUAGUUUGAGUGUAAUGCAUCCAGAAGCCAACAAAUCUGUUGCGCCAGUUGAGAUGUGCCCCAUCUUGAAAACACUUUAUAAAAUUCUGAUCAAGAGGGAACUUCCUACUGAGUCGAUUCUUCAGGCUAUAAGAGAUGAGUCAAUGUGUGAUCCGCGCGAAAGAAUUGAGAUGGCACGGGGCCAGUCACUCUACCGACCAUCUAUUCUUGGUCAACCAAAUGGAGAUGUGAAAGCCUAGACAGAUUCUCCCAUCUUUUUCCUUCUUUCUGUUAGUCGCUAGACGUUUUCGAAGCCCUAUGUGCUCUUGUCCAUUCAGCUGCUGCUUCUGCUGCUGUUGUUGUAACAUUAGUAAGUUCAGUUAAGAACUUUAGUUGACUAUUCUGAGGAAGAUGUGUUGAGUGUGUUAGUAGCUUGAUGUGGUUCACACCAUCUUGUGUAUAUAAAGCGAUUUAAUAAAUGCUAUUAUUCUAUAAUAUCCUAUUUGAAAUGGAAAAAACAAUACAAUCAUAUAUUGUGCUUCAAA